AGCGUUAUUUUAAUCUGUUUUAUAUUGUAACAUCAACACGUCUCCAAUGUUGCUCUGUUCAUGCAUAUAACGUACCAUUAUAACAAUUAAACUUAAAAAUGUAUUUCCCAUCAUUCCCCACAUUGUGUGACUUCACGAUUGGCCAGCAGUUUGCCUCUCAUAGGUCUCUAGUGGAAAUACACCGACAGUUUUCUUUCAAAAAUCCGAGACGUUAAACUUCAUCAUCACAGUCAUGAAAACCCGCGAUUAGACCAGAAUUCACACUAAAACCUUCGAUCUAUUCGGCGAGAGUGUCGUUGGUCGCGAUUAACGGUUUCGUGAGGAGUUUUUUUGUGCUGAUUGAUGGUGUUUAUCUGCUCUCGCUAAAACAGACUGAAGAUGGAGGACGAAGACUUUUUACUCGCUCUUCGUUUACAAGAGCAGUUUGAUCAGGAGACCGCGCUUGAUGAAGACUCUCCGUCCAGUAAGAAGAGGAAGAUUGACUCUGGUCUGAUGGAUGUGAUGUCCUGCUCCCAGCCCGGUCCAGAGAGACCGCUGUCCGUCGUGGACGAGUCCUGGGAGACGCUGGACCCCAGUCCGGACGUGAGAGCCAUGUUCCUGCAGUUCAACGACCAGUUCUUCUGGGGCAAACUCAGCGGUGUGGAGGUCAGGUGGAGUCCCCGGAUGACCCUAUGUGCUGGAGUCUGCUCUUAUGAGGGAAGAGGAGGCUUGUGUUCAAUUCGGCUCAGUGAACCGCUCCUGAAGCUCAGACCCCGCAGAGAUCUCGUACAGACUCUUCUUCAUGAGAUGAUCCACGCUCUUCUCUUUGUGACUCAAAACAACAGAGAUCGAGAUGGACAUGGUCCAGAGUUCUGUAAACACAUGAACCGAAUCAACCAAGCAAGUGGCACCAACAUCACUAUAUUUCACUCCUUUCACGAUGAGGUGGACGUGUACAGGCAGCACUGGUGGCGCUGUAAUGGACCCUGUCAGAACCGCAGACCGUUCUUUGGAUAUGUAAAGCGUGCGAUGAACAGACCUCCCUCGGCCAGAGACCCCUGGUGGGCUGAGCACCAGAGAACCUGCGGUGGAACAUACACCAAAAUCAAAGAGCCAGAGAAUUAUGGGAAAACAGGCAAAAGUAAUAAAAAUAAAGACAAGAAUCCUUCCGGUGAGACCUCCAAGAAUACAAAGCCUCCGAGCAGUACAACAGGCUCUGGCUCACAAGACAUCAGAACUAUCAUUCCAUUCAGUGGGAGAGGGUUUGUUCUUGGAGGGACUUCCACGAACAAGCAGAGUCAGAGUCCUCCUAAAGCACAAGCCGGACCUCUCGCCUCUCCUCCUGACUCACCGCUCCUUCCAAGACUGCAGCCCGUUGAGUCAAACUCGUUCAAAAGACUCAGCUCAGGUGCAUCGAAUGUUCCCCGCAGGAAGUCUGUUAGUAACACUAAUGCCUUUGUCAAUGUCAACGGCUCACCUGUGAGAAUUUCCAAAGUCAAUGACUUAAAAGGCAAGCAGAGGUCGGUACGAGAUCUCUUCCAGGCCAUAGUCCUAAAAUCACCAGAGAGAGCAGUCAGUGCUGCUGGUUCCUCCAAGUCUGCCGCAGAUGCCUCAACAGCAAACCAUGCUAAAUGCAAUGGACCAUCUUCGUCUAGUGCCUUAGACGGGCAAACUAGCUUGACCAAUAACCAUCACUCAUACAGUGCCACAGUGCCAAAGCCAGAGUCGCAUCUCUCCAAAUAUUUCGGCAGCAGUGCUCAGACUUCAAAAUUCCAAGAUUCCCAGUCAAAAUCUUUUGGGAGCCCCCAAAAGCCUCCAACUGGAAAACCAGGUUACUUUUCGAAGCUCUUCGGAAGUAACCAAAAACUAGGAUCAGAUGCUUCAAGCUCGGAAUUCCGAAACACCGGCAAUCCUCAAAGUUCACAUGCUUCGGUUACUUCAGGGUCUGGUUCCAAGCACUUUGGGGGCUCUGAAAAGCCUGAAUCCAACUUUCCGAGCCCUAGAAGCAUCGGGAGCCCCCGGACAUCAGGGACAACGUCUUCAGGAGCCAAGAAGAGAUCAUGGGAUGACCAUAAAUCUGAACAUAUCUUUGAUUACUUCCAGCAGACAAAUGGCAAGUCCUCCACGUCCACAGUGCAGCAGAGAGAGGAGGUGGAAGACGCCGUUCUGCUAGUCAGGGAUCAGCACGCAAACAAUCCUGUGAUCCCGAUCACCGUCCACUGCCCCGUCUGCAACAUCAAAGUCCCAGAGUCCACAAUUAAUGAACAUCUGGAUUCCUGUCUGUCAUGAUCUCUGAGAAGAAGUACAGGCCAAAGGGCUUUAAUAAAGCGCUUAACUGUGAUAUUCCAUUGCUCAGGUAUAGCUGAAAUAGAAAUAUUAAAUAUUAUGUUAUGUCAUUGUACUGAGAUAUUUUAAUUCCAAUGCAAUAAGUGACAGUUCUUAAAAUAAAUUAGUAAGUCAUUUAAGUCUACAAAGUGCUUCAUAUUUGCUUUUGCACUUACUGACUUAUUCUACCUCAUUUUUGCAUCAUGGGAAGAAUGUUGUUCAUGAUUGACAGCUUAGUUGAAAUUAAGUGAGUGGUUUAAAAAGGUGUCACUCAUUGUCCUUGUGUGGGUUGAUGUCCGCGGUUCAUGUCGAAUCAGCAGUACUGAAUUUCGCAUGCAUUGACUGUCCGCUGUGGGAUUUAGAUGUGCUUAGCUUUCUGCCAAAUCAGGCUUUAUACAAGGUCGCUUUAAUCUCCGUGUCAUCAAUAACAGCUCUGGCAGGUUGGCCAUGAUUGGUGGUGGAGCUUGUGCCAGCCAUCUACUUUGUGCCCUAGAGGAAUGCGCACAUUCAAAAAUAAGCCCCACCCAGAAGUGAAUAUUGGGUGUGCAGGUUAAAACCUUUUGAUGUAAUAAUAGUCAGGAUAUAUUGUUAAGUCACGAGUAUUGUCGUUUCAAAAGCAACGACCCACUUUUGAAGGAAACGAGACGAGUUCACGCCACUCGGGUUACUUGUAGAUCACGAAGAUGUUACUUUUAGCGUGGUUCACUUAUAGGCCUGUGCGCAUGACAUUGAUUUAUGCAAAAAGAGGCAGGUCGCAUUGAUUUGUUUCGUGUUUGACAUGCUGCAGGCGUUGCUGAUGCCAUUUGUAAUGUAUGCAUGUCGUUUUAACAUGCACUACAGGUUCUCAAGCAAACCUGGCUGUUGGUUAAUGCAUCAUUCUCUGUUGGGAGUGAAACUUUGCACAAUUUAUUGUUGGCCAAUUUAGGGGCAGACUUUUUGUUUUAAAAUGGUUUUAUAUUGAUACUCUGUAAAGAAGUUUAUUAAGUGGUUAUAAAUGUUUGUAUGUUGAUUUUGUUAAGUGGAUUGUAUGGAAGCCUGUUUCCGCCAAUGAAUAAAAAAUAAAGGUAAUUGUGACUUUU